UACUUCGGGUAAAGCGCGCGUUAAUUAGUCUGCAGGUGUGCAGUACCCCAAAACAAACCACUUUUGAAGCCAAAGCACUGAAACACUGAAUGCAAGAAGACGCAGUUUUCUGAAGAAUGCACUGGUCAGCGGUGCCACGGUGUGAAGCAGAUACCUCAGUUUCUCCUGAUGUAAUUGUAUAUAUUCCAGCCCAUGCUAAAGUGCAUCAUCUUCCAGUUCAGACUUUGCCUCCUGCACUUCUUAAACGAUUAGGUGAGCAGCCACAGAGCAGUAGUGCACCAGUUACAGUGGCUCCAAGCUUAGUGCCAACUGUUGUUUACAUUUCUCCUGUGCAGGCUAAUGGAACUGGGGUGUUGAGCUUUCAUGCUGCCCAUAGGCAGUCAGGUGGUGUGGCUCCUGUUGGUAAACAACAGACUACUGAAGUUAAGAACAGACCAUCUCUCCUAUCUGAGAGCAAAAUUCUUACCAGAAAUCAACUUCUGAAGAAAAUUACUUUAAGCAGGUUGUGCAUCAAAACCUCAAACCAUGCUGCUUUUGCGUAUCUGAAGAACCUGGACAAGGAAAAUGUGCCAUCUAAGCCAGUUAGCUGCAGUAGUGAGUCCUUGGCUAGCAAAACACAUUCCAUUGCCUCAUUGAAGGAGGAUGCCCUUGUUCUUCACCGAGGGAAAGUAUACUUGUUCAUUUUCCAGAAACAAAAACUCCCAACUGGUGAAUGCCCCGAUGCAGCAAGCAGGACAAUUUCUCAAGAAGUUUCUUCAGGCGUUACAGCACCUAAUCUUGUUCCAAAUGAUAGUACAGCUGAAGUUAAUGAUGAGCAUUACACUGCAAAGCCCUCCAGUGAUCUAAGAAAG